AUGUGUGGGGAACGACCGCACACGCUCGUCAUAGUUUGGUUGGUUCACUGCUUGGACGCCUUCCCUUCGCCACUGCAGCCGCCGUAGCCGUCGUCGUCGAGUCUUAGCUUCGCCAUCCCCCCUAUGCAUGCACGGCGCCAGCCCUGGUCGUCAAAUGUAACAACAACGUUUGUUUUCUUCUAUGUCUAUAUUCAUGCCUAUCUUCUGAACUGUUUAGCUUUUGUCGGUUCGCGCACAAUACCCUUCAUAUCGGUUUUGACCUCGGGUUUCUCUUUUGAAUUGGGUACGGCUGAUAUCCCUCCGGCGUUUUGGUUCGUUGACUAUGAACGAGGUGCUCGGCGCAUGUUAUGGGAAAGGAAGUAUGCGAGGAGGACGUCUUCCCUGCUGAAAGGAAGGAAGGAAGCACUUUGACGUCUUACAGGAUGAUGGUCAUGAGGGCAUAUGCGAUGAUGCGGUUAGCCGCUGUUGGGAAUUCGUCGAUUCGCGUGAUCUUGCGGCGCGCUUUGAUCUUGUAGGUGGGAUUGAAU